AUGUCGUCCAACUCGGCUGCAGCUGGAGCUGCGUCCUCUCGAACCGCAACUAAGCGACUACUCAAAGAGCUGGAUACCUGGCGGGAGGAGCAAAAGGAGGAAAAAGGCAUCGAGAGGCUAGGUCCAUCAAGGGACGAGGACCUAUAUCUAUGGGAGGCCGUCAUCAAUGGUAAUGGCAUCGGCAGCGGCUACGACGCCGGCCGAUGGCUGCUGACCAUCUCCAUCCCGUCGACGUACCCGCUCCAUGCGCCCAAGAUCCAGUUCGUCACGCCGAUACUGCACCCCAACAUCGCCCCGGACACGGGCGAGAUCUGCCUCGACCUCCUCAAGGACGCGUGGACGCCCGCGUACAGCGUCCUCGAGUCCGUGCGCGCCGUGCGCAUGCUCCUCAGCUGCCCGGAGACGGAUAGUCCGCUCAACGUCGACCUCGCCGCGCUGGUGAGGAACGGCGACGCGGUCGGCGCCAGGAGGCUGGUCGAGUUCUGGUGCUCGGACGAGAGCAGCAGGUACAAUGGACAAUAA